UCGCAUUAGCCGUCACAUACUGCCAAAACCCUUAAUAUAAAUUAUAGGAAAAGCACAAUAAUAUGAGUCUCAAGAGUCUCAACAUGAUGUUGAGGUUUAUGCCUCUGCGGUCAGUCAGACCGUGUGAUCCGUCUCAGGCCUUGAGAAAUGGUUCUCAAAUUGCACCAUAUCAUUGUUCCAAAAGUCUUUCUUGGCCAGGUGACAGUGGAUCCAAACCAGCUGUGAAAUUGCAGCCCAGUGCAUUUAGCGGUGCUAGUCUCCGCAGCAGGGCUAAAGUCUCUUCAGAGUGGGAAGACGACCCUGAACACUCUGUUGUUCCUCGCAAGCUUCGUAGUAAAGUGACUCGCAAAAUAUCCCCUGAGCUCCAUACUCUCAGUUUUGACGACAUUCCUGAGGGGAAUCAGAAGGCACUCCGGACUCCCAAAGAGGAUAAAACAUUGGUCACGAAUAAACGGGAUGAUGUGGUGUUUGGAUUGUCUCCAUGCCUACUGGCCCUCACACAGGGCCGGAGAAAGGUGUCCAGGCUCUUUGUCAAGGAUGGUGAAGAUCAGCAGAGGGAUGCUGUGCGGAAGGUGUGUGAGGAGGCUAUGAAACGUGACGUUCAGAUCAAAUGGGUCCAAAAGAGAGACCUGGACAAAAUCUCCAAUGGACGCGUCCAUCAGGGCAUUUGCCUGCAGGCUAGCCCUUUGCAGUACCUCAGAGAGUGGUCAGGGAAACCUAAAAAGACUGCGCAUCGCAAUCAAAUCCCACUCUGGCUGGUUCUUGACGGAAUUCAAGACCCAAUGAACCUGGGUGCUAUUCUCCGCUCUGCUUAUUUUCUCGGUGUGGAUAGAAUUGCAAGCAGCCUUCAAAACAGCUGUCCCCUUACACCUGUCGUAAGCAAGGCCAGCUCCGGGGUAAUGGAGGUUGUGGAAAUCUAUGGCUAUGAUGACUUGGAAGACAUGAUCAAGGUAAAAAAGGAACAAGGAUGGCAAGUUGUAGGCACAGUAGGCAUAGAGGAAGAGAGCUCUGAUGUUCCGACUGUAAAAUGCUCAGAUUUCCGGAUGCUAAAACCUACACUGUUACUGAUGGGUGGAGAAGGUUCUGGGCUGUCCACAGCUCUGCGGGCUCUCUGUGACGCGCUGCUCACCAUCCCUCCCCGCCGAGACCUCUACCCAGGCGUGGAGUCACUCAACGUAUCCGUGGCAACAGGCAUCCUCUUGCACUCUCUCCUCACACCACCUCCACCUCCACCGAGGGGCCGGCGGUGACUGGUGUUUGCUUUGGACGAGCUCCCAGUCUACUACCAGGCUAGAAGAACAUCGCUCUGAUUGCCAUCCAGUGCACCUGGAAGUUCCCCACUGUAUCGGAAGUGUCAAGACUAUUAAUGUCCUGCUGCUUGUGAUGGAGCAGUCAGCAUGUCUGUUUAGUAUGAAAUCCCACGACGGAGUGUUACAUUCUAGUCAUGUGUGAAAAGCUAAUUAUUGUUCAUUGAAAGUCUACACAUUGACUAUUAAAUCAUUUUGUGUGUGUGCUUAUUUGGGUAUAUGAUGGUUUUUCUUUCGUAUGUUACUGGAGGUAGCAUAAUUACAGCAGAUAGACAAGGCUAACAUAUUAGACCUGAGGAGGUGCUGUUGAAACCCUGGACAGGCUUUCUCUCCUCAGCCCCUCUGUCUGCCCUGAGGUAGGCCCUCACCUCUAUGGCUCUUGUGUGCCUGUCUGUCCAGUGGCUGUUUGGAGGUCAGAGGUCAAGGUCUGUGGGUUCAGCAGGGCACUACUGCAGCUCGAAAUGAAGAGUUUUGCUGAUUUAACUGAUGUAUCCCUUUAAUGGCUUAUGCCUGAUUUACUAGACAGCUUUCUUAUUUAUCAAUAAACGUGUAGUCCUUGUUCCUA